GCUAGCUAGCUACAUGACCCCUCCUUCUCGACGAGAUUACACAUCGCGUUACUGAAUUACUUCUCGUUGUCGCCCAACCUCGGGUAAUCGGCAGCACUACUGUUUUACCUUUUCCCUAACGGAGCCACGAUCGCAGGACUAACAAUCUAAAGACCACGAACUGCACAGCCAUGGCAGAAAACGCCGGCUUAGAUAACCACAGAAUCAAGAGCUUCAAAAACAAGGGCCGAGAUGUCGAGACCAUGCGAAGACAUCGCAACGAAGUGACAGUUGAGCUGAGAAAGAACAAGAGAGAUGAGCACCUACUGAAGAAGAGGAACGUGCCUCAGGAGGAGAGCUUGGAGGACUCGGACGUUGACUCUGACUUCAAAGGGCAAAAUGUCACGCUAGACGCUAUCUUACAGAAUGCCACCAGUGACAAUGGGCUGGUGCAGCUCAGUGCUGUGCAGGCAGCCAGAAAACUCCUCUCCAGCGACAGAAACCCCCCCAUCGAUGACUUGAUAAAGUCUGGCAUCCUGCCCAUCCUGGUCAAAUGCCUGGACAGGGAUGAUAAUCCCUCUCUCCAGUUUGAGGCGGCAUGGGCGUUGACCAACAUAGCGUCAGGGACGUCAGCUCAGACCCAGGCUGUGGUCAAGUCCAACGCCGUGCCCCUGUUCCUCAUGCUGCUGCAAUCCCCACACCAAAACGUGUGUGAACAGGCCGUGUGGGCACUAGGCAACAUCAUCGGUGACGGGCCCCAGUGCAGAGACUACGUGAUCUCGCUGGGCGUGGUCAAGCCCCUGCUGUCCUUCAUCAACCCCUCCAUCCCCAUCACCUUCCUCCGCAACGUCACCUGGGUCAUCGUCAACCUCUGCCGCAACAAGGACCCCCCGCCCCCCAUGGAGACAGUCCAGGAGAUUCUACCUGCACUCUGUGUAUUAAUAUACCACACUGACAUAAAUAUCCUGGUGGACACAGUGUGGGCGUUGUCCUACCUCACAGACGGAGGCAACGAGCAGAUCCAGAUGGUGAUCGACUCUGGCGUGGUUCCCUACCUGGUGCCCCUGCUCAGCCACCAGGAGGUCAAAGUUCAGACGGCAGCUCUGAGGGCGGUGGGGAACAUAGUGACGGGGACGGACGAGCAGACCCAGGUGGUGCUCAACUGUGACGUCCUCUCCCACUUCCCCAACCUGCUCACACACCCCAAGGAGAAGAUCAACAAGGAGGCGGUGUGGUUCCUGUCCAACAUCACCGCAGGCAACCAGCAGCAGGUGCAGGCCGUCAUCGACGCUGGACUGCUGCCCAUGAUCAUCCAGCAACUGGCUAAGGGAGACUUUGGCACCCAGAAGGAGGCUGCCUGGGCCAUCAGUAACCUGACCAUCAGUGGGAGGAAGGACCAGGUGGAGUACCUGGUGGAGCAGAAUGUGAUCCCUCCGUUCUGCAGCCUGCUGGCCGUGAAGGACUCCCAGGUGGUGCAGGUGGUUCUGGACGGGCUGAAGAACGUCCUCAUCAUGGUGGGCGAGGAGGCCAGCACCAUCACCGAGAUCAUCGAGGAGUGUGGAGGCCUGGAGAAGAUUGAGAACCUCCAGCAGCACGAGAACGAGGACAUCUACAAGCUGGCCUUUGAGAUCAUCGACCAGUACUUCUCAGGAGAUGACAUCGACGAGGAUCCCAGUCUGAUCCCAGAAGCAACUCAGGGUGGAACCUUCAACUUUGACCCCGCCACCAACCUACAGACAAAGGAGUUCAAGUUCUGAAGGGCCGACUAUCCAGCAGAUCUCCCAGCUGCUCCGCCCCCUCCCUGUCUUCACCCUCCGCCCCCCUCCCAGAACAAUACCACCAGGCUAGCACUGAACUAGGGAUGGCGGGACCAGUCGACUGUCCCUCACAUCUCCCUCUGCUUCUAAAUGUUCCAGAAAGAGGCAAGCUUCAACGCCCAUCAUUCUGCGUUUGCCAAAAAAAGUUGCUUUCUUCCUUUCUCCUACACACAUACGAACACACACACAGAGACUAACCCUAACACACACAGAGAUCUGAAGUCAUGAAAGUGCACGGACCUACGAACUAAUCAUCCCAUCGGUUCAGCAGUGGCGCCCUCUUUUUGACGAGCAGUAGUGAGCAUCAUUUAGGCCAUCCUCCUGUGGUGGUGUGUUCACAGCGAGGACAGGAGCUCUCCGGAACACUCGGCGACCUCGGAAGCUCACCUUACUGUUUUUUUUUUGUUGGUCUGAACAUUCUCUUAACCGAUUCUAAUUGAUGAUGUCACUAAGGGCUUCUGAGAAAGUCCUGGAUUGGUGAGCCUUAGGGGGUUCUAAAAUAGAACUGAAAUGUAACACCUGUAGAACUUACCUCCCCCGGGGCUCAUCUAGAGAGGAAGGCUAUGGUAUGGAAAAAUGUCGGCCCAAGUGGACUUAAAGAAUGCAACCGGCCACCACUGCUAUUAUUUACCUUCUACAGUUUUUGGGAUAUAAAAUAAUUAUGAAAUCAAUGAAAGUAAUCAGUGGAAACGGUGAAAUCAAUGCAACUUUUUUUUUUUCUUCUUGAAAGAAAAAUAAGGAAUUUUACUUCUGUAGCAUUGUUCCAUUCGUUGCCGAUGGAACCUGAGGAGAAACAAAACCAAGAUGAUCCUGAGGGCUGGAGAGGAUGAAUGGGAGUGGACCUGGUUUCUUUUGAGGUUAUCUUGUGCUACUCCUCUUUACCCUCCCAUCGUUCUAAGUGCACCCUCGCUGAAAAUAAUGCUAUUCUCUAAACUGUAUUGAACCCCAUCAAAGAAGCCUUACGUGACCAGGCUUCAACUGGGCUUCACAACAACGAAAAAUGACACAAAUCUCUCCUUUUUUUUGAGAGUAACAUCCAUAAUUUGACAUUGAAAGACUCAAGAAACUGGAGUAUUUGGGAGAUGUACAGGCGUAGAGAAAGAGAGAGACAAUGUUGGAAGACUUGCUUUCAUUUGUGGUUGUCCCACUCCUGCAGUGUCUGUUUAGUUUCAUGCACACAUCCAGGUUGUCCUAUCUGCUUGCCGUGCGUGGAAUAAGCAAUGUCCUUCGAGAAGUCUAACUGUGGAUGCAGUGCUUCAUUUGACCUUACAGUCGUCUCAUGUUUUCUCCUGUACUAUAUUCUACAAAUGGAAAUAUACAAUGAAAAAAAAAAUGUAUUCCUACAAUUCUGACUGGGUCUGUAAAAACAAAAAUAGAAAAAAAAGUUGUUGACUGGUUCAGGAGAGAUGUUGUAUUUACUGUUAAUAUGAACGGAUAGUUUUGUUUUAAACACGGUGAUCUAUGAUGGUGAUGAUGUCAGGAUUGAUAUUGGGCUUUCUUGCUCUUGGAUUGGAUUGGUUUUAGUUUGGUCUGGGUUGGUUUCCACCCUCAAGCAUUUAUUUGUGAAGGGACUUGGAAUGAAACAUUACAUUUGAACUAAUGUAGUUUAAUAUUAUGUUUAUUAUUUUAUUUUGUGGCUGCUAACUACUGAGAAGAACUAGGGGUUUGAUUGGAGCAGCCCAUGCCUUUUUGGACUUGCCAUUCAAUAGAUGAUAUAACGUAUGGACCUGUGUACAGUCUUGGAUAUACGUGUCCAGGAAGAGCCACUUUAAAGAAUGGAAUUUUAGUCUUGUAUCAGAAACUGAUACAAGCUUAUGCUCUUUCGCAAGAUUUUUACUUGCUGACGAAACGUAUACUAAAGAAAGAAAAAGCAACAGAUAGCAUUUUGGCCUCUGAUUGUCUUACUUUUUUUUAUCAAUUUUAGAAUCCAUUUCUCUUUAAGGUGGCUCACAAAUGUUUCUUUCAACUCUUGUGCAUAUUAAAGAAAAUAUUGAGUUGAA